UCUGUAUUAGCAGUUAGGGCCGAUACCGACGUGGGACACAACGUGCUGACCUUUACAGCAAAAACGUACCUCGUGAAGCUGUUUCCUACAGGAAUUUAAUAUAACUUGGACAUUAUAACUUGGACAUUUUAAGAUUUGGAACUCUCUCGUUCAUCACAAGAUGUUCGUUAAAGCUACACUUGCCGCGACGUGCGUUUUUCUUGCCCUAAUCUACAGCGUAACCGGAAGUGAUCCUGCAAUGGUUGACGAUGGCCAUUCAAGAGUUCCGGUGAAAACGACUAAACGAAAGAAGAAGAAAUAUCCACCAGGUCCAAGUGGGUUACCUUAUUUUGGAGUAUAUUUUCAAGUUAUUCCCGGAAAACUUCACGCGAAUAUCGAGGACUGGAAAAAACAAUAUGGAAAUAUCAUAAGUUUAAAAAUGUUAGGACAAAACAUUGUUGUCUUGAAUUCUCCCGAGUUAAUUCGGAAAGCGUUUGAAAGUGAAGAAUUUGCCCCUCUCAUGAGUGACAGACCGCCGAAUUUCAUAGGCGAACAUGUUAUGUACGGAUACAAAGAUGUGCUUCUUAACAGUUACAACGAGUCAUUUAGAAAAAUGAAGAAACUUAUGAUAUCUUGUAUAAGCAAACAUGGUUUCUCGUCCAAGCACUUCCAAGACAUAGCUGACGAGGAGUUCCGGUGUGUUCUGAAUCAGUUCCACGCCCUGAAUGGCCAAGCUGUUGAUCCUGUCGACCUUCUGUUGCCGUCAUUCUGCAAGCUCGUCGGAGGAUUUUUUUCUGGCAAACAUCUGAAGGAUGGAGAUCCAAUCCUCGAGAGCAUUAUUGCCAUGGAUCACGAUGGUGACGUCAUGAUACAGCCUCAGGUUCACGGAAUCCUCGGGAAGUUUCCUUGGUUACGUCACUGCUGCGGUUUCUAUGGCAACCUGUACAGCAACGUCAUUAAACAACGAGAAUCACUUUUUCAAAGUCUCGUUACAGAAAUGAAGGAAACAGUUAAUAAGGAUAAUGUGCAGUGUUUUUCACACCAACUGCUGUCCUGGAAAGAGGCGGAAAGUGAUUGGCUGACGGAUGAACAUAUCAACGGCAUGCUCUUGGACCUGAUAAACACAUCCGUGCUGACCACAAAAAGUGUGAUGUCCGGUAUGAUUUUUAUGUGGCUCCACCUACCGGACGUUCAACAGAAAAUGAGGGAAGAGAUCGAUCUUGUGAUUGGACGCGACAGAUUACCCACAAUCGAAGACGGGAAGAGCAUGCCAUAUGUGCAAGCAUGCAUUUACGAGUUGCUAAGAUACCAGUCACAUCUUCCGAUGACGGCUGCACAUGCUAACAUAGACCAUGAGGUGGAGAUUGAAGGUUUCACGAUACCAAAAGGAACCGUCAUUAUGGGGAACCUGUACGGGGCCCACCACGACGAGGAAUUAUGGGACGACCCCUGGGAAUUCAGACCAGAAAGAUUUCUUAAAGAUGAUGGCACGCCUGUCCCCCGGGAUCAUGCCUCUCAUAGAAAUUCAAUUGCCUUUGGAGUCGGUGAAAGAAAAUGUGUUGGUAAAGAAAUGGCCUACAACCGGAUGUUUCUGUAUACUGUGCAUCUUCUCCGAACAUUUGAGUUCCUACCGGAAGUGGAUACAGUACUUCCGCCCCACCAUCCCCGCCACUUCGCGCCGUCGGCCCCAGUUAUCUUACCACAUGGCUUUAAGUGCCGAGCGUUACCGAGAUGAUUCCCUUAAUUUUAUUGUUGUAUGAAAAUAUUGUUGCGUGAUCUGGGAAUGCCACCAACAACCUGAACAAUUUUAUGUUUAUAAAAGUGAACAAUCUUACCUACGCACAAGGCCAUUACAUUUCAUUUUAUUUCCAAAUAAAUCAAAAUAACAUAUCUUCCAUAGGUACCUUCAUAGUAUCGACAUGUUGGUUAAAAGCCUCGAUAAUUUAUCCAUAUGAUACUUUAUGUCUUUGGUGGCUAGGACUUGUAGCUUUGAUUUAACUUGUUUUUACCUGAAUUUUACAUAAAGAAAAUAAUUACCUAUAAAUGGCAAAUUUGUGAUCUAAGAGCAAACAACUUGGCUUUAAUUAAAGUAAUUCUUUUAAAAAUUCAUGUCAUGAAAUGACGAGUCUUUAACUGGUGUAAUAUUUUUUCAGAAAGUUGCUUUUUUGUCAAAAUAGAAGUCGUGUUUAAAAAAAUCGAAAAAUUUCAGAAAACAAACAAGAACAAUGUACAAUAUAACCCCCCUCUCGUACUUGUAUUCCUGUAAAAGAAACUAUGCAGGUUUGCAGAUAUUUACCUCAGAGUGUACGUAAUUGUCAACUAAAAGGUCGUCAUCUUCUCAAUGCUGAGUCCUAUGUUCGAACAAUUUUUUUAAGUUAAGAUUUGCAGAAUUUAACUUUUAUGUUAUUCAAUUUUAGUUAUUGUUUUUUUCUUUUCAUAAAUUGAUCCUGUACACCUAGAUAUACUUUAAAAAAUUAUAUAUAUCUAUAUAAAAUGAUCCUGUACACCUAGAUAUACUUUAAAAAAUGAUAUAUAUCUAUAUAAAAACAAAGGGUUUAUUUUUAAUUAUCCUCAUACAAAGUUAAUUCAUUUUCAUGUAAAUUUGGUGUUAUUGUAUGCAAUGAUUGUUACAAUAUUAUAUGUGAAUAUUAUGUCGCCCAUGUUGUCAGGACUAUAUUGUAGAAAACAAAAAAAACCCGUAAAAAUGAUAACUUAAGUUACUGAGCACAAUACUGGCCUUAUAGCGGGUUUGGCCGCUUGCCAAGAGAUACGUAAAUGGCGUGUUAUAUAAUAUUGGUCAAAAGGCGCCCUCCAGAUUUGUUGGUAGUUCGUAAUGCGGCAACUGUACGAGGGUAAUUAUAUAUAUAUA